UCUUGGGACCCUGAGACCUCACUGAGUUUUAGUCGUGAGUUGUUAACAGUGAAGUUGGAGUAACCCAUUUCGUGGACUUUCUGCAGACGCGACCUUAUUUUCUUGGUUUCCUUUGGUGAUAUCUUCGCAGACACCGCCAUGGAGGGACAACCUCAGGAUGAACCACAGCCAAUGCCUAUGCAGUAUGAACAGCAGCCACCUCCUGUAUAUAUGGAGCAGCCAAAACCUGCGUUGCCUAAUCUACAGGGCAUACAGCAGUUGAUCGCAGGGAUGAACACAAGUGUUUUAAAGGAGCCCAGAGGUUUCAUGAAAAUUCUGCAGUUUGUGUUUGGUAUUAGUGCAUUUGCUACAACUACCAGCUUUAGCACUGAGUUCUCCUUCCGUAUAUUUUGCCCAGCUUCUGAUAAAAAUAACAUCACUGUUUCUGAAAGCAUUACCUAUCCAUUUCAGUAAGUAUGCUUCAUGAGGA